AUGGACGCUUUCAUCCUGGACGCCUUCACCCUCUUCAAGCGAGGCGGCAACCGUGCCAUCUCCGUCAACCCCCCCGACGACUACAUCGGGGUCCACAUCACCACGCGGGGGUCCGACUGGUUGUGGUCGGCGAUGUCGCUUUUCGGGGCGUUGACCGUCCUCAACUUCGCCGUGUACUUGUUUCUGGUCCGCUCGGCGCUGAAGCGGAUCACGUUCUUGAUCCCAUUUAUCAACAACUUGAUCAUGGCCAUCACCUACUUCACCUACGCCUCCAACCUUGGUUACACCGGUAUCGCUACUGAGUGGACCGGCCACACCAAGGCCGACGACGGCAAGUGGGUGCGCCAGAUCUUCUACGCCAAGUUCGUCGGCUGGUUCCUCUGCUGGCCCGGGUUGCUCUUGCUCUUCGAGAUCGACACCACCACCUUCAGACCCCUGCGCGACUUCUUCGACAAUGUCGUCCACUUCUUGCUGAAGUUCUGGGGCAAGUUGUUAUGUGCGUGGGUGUGGACGAUCGGUUUAUUGAUCGGCGCCCUUAUCCGCUCGACCUAUAAGUGGGGUUACUUCACCUUCGCCGUCGUCGGCCAAUUGACCUGUCUCGCCCUCGUCGCGGGCUCGUUGUUCCUGCUGAUGGGGUACUCGUUCGAGGCCGGCGCCAAGGCGCGCUGGUCGUUGCUCUUGUUGUUGUGGGCGUUGGCGUGGCUCACGCAAACGAUCAACUGGGGCUUGUCUGAAGGCAGUAACCGCAUUCAGCCCGACUCGGAGGCGGUGUGGUCCGGUGUCGUCGACCUCAUCAACUUCGGCCUCAUCCCCACCGUGCUUGCGUUCGUGCUUCUGUUCGGCUCGUCCGAAAGCUUGCUCGCCAAGUUCAAGGGCCCCUACGACAACUACUACGAAGAGAAGGUGGUCGUCGACACCCCGCGCGCGCUGGGCGACACCGCCGUCGCCGGCGAAAGCGCCAACGCCGACGGCGAGAUCCUCGCUGCCGAGGGCGCCGACGUCAACGAGACCACCGCCCGCCAGCGCGCCGUCUAA